CCCCUAUGUAACAGGGAAAAUAGACUUAAUCUGUUGUACUUAAUCUGAAGAUUGUCGGUUGUGCUCAUAAAUUUUAGCAAUCGCGUCCACCAGCGCGCGCUCGUUUUUAACACAGCGCGCCAAACAUCUUGGGUUUCCUUGAUCUCGGCAAAUCUGGGUGAUGACGUCACGUGACGUCACAGUAGGAACGCCCACCCGCCGACGGGUCAGAGGAGAGGUCGCCCAAAAUGGCGGAAGCCAUGGAAGUUGGUGGAGAGCUCGAGUGGGGCGACGCGUACGGCGUUGGGGGCGUUCAACCUUACCAGUUUGAGCCCGAGGCGGCGGAGGGAGAAGACGGGGAUCCAGAGGCACCAGAUCGCGGGAAUCAGGACCGCCGUUCAAACCGAAACUGGUGCAGAUGUGAUAAUUGCCGUAUAAUGGCAACCACAACAGAAUGUGUCUGUUGUCAAGAACACGAACAAAUUAGGAACACUAUGGAGGGGGUGUCUCCAGCCCCCAAGUGCAUAACCAUGCACCCUGGCUUCUCAUCAGUCUGUCUAGACAUCUGGGCACUACAGUGUGCUUACUACCAGUACAGGCAAGAGUAUGGGCCCAGUCAAGAUCCAACCCAUGAGAGGUACCGGUACAUUGCCUACCGCCAGUUGGUGCGUUGGUGCUGGGGGUGGCUGGGAAGAGAAGUGAGAGUGGUCCUCCCUGCAUGUGCAGUGACAAAGAUCAGGGACACCUUUCCGUCAGCACAAUACACAGGAUUCCAGUACCCUCCACUGAAUUAGUAGUAAUGGAAGGCUAAUGUUGUCAGCCACAGAAUAGAACUUGUUAGAAGUAUAAGUUUACCUAAGUUGGUUCAAAUGUUGAUCAGGGUUUAAAGUUAAGGGU